AUGUCCUCCACAAUCCCUACCGCAAAAGGCGACCAACCCACCGACCCCUACAAAGCCAAAAGCCUCGAAGACCCUCCCCUAGCCCAAAAAGUCGAAGACCUAGUCGACUUCAUCUCCGAAGCAAAAUUCGGCAUGCUCACCACCAAAGUCUCCGGCUCAGACUACCUAACCUCAAGGUGCAUGGCCCUAGCUGGAAAGGAACACGGCGGCAUCGACCUCCUCUUCCACAUCAAUCUCCUCUCCAGCAAAACGCUCGAUUUAACCACCCACCCCCGGGAAGUCAACAUGUCGUUCCUGGAUCAAGUGAGCGGAUCCUGGGCGUCGAUUUCGGGGACGGCGUCGAUCGUGGCCGACCGCGCGACGGUCGAGAAGUAUUAUUCCGCGACGCUGCCGGCUUGGUUGGGGGAUUUGGGCGAUGGGGUGCAUGAUGGGAGUCCGUCGGAUCCGAGGAUUGGGCUGAUUCGCUUGGAGGCGAAGUUGGCAACGUAUGCGGUGGCUACAAGGGGGAUUUUUGGAAAGGCGGUUGAGACGAUUAAGAGUGCGACUAAGGGGGAGGUGCCGGCUAUUAAUAGUAUAAGGGAGUUGGGGGAGGGGGAGUUGGAAGAGUGGCGCCGGACACAUAAAUGA